AAAACCAAAACAUCCGUUUUAGAUCGUGUGUCGGUUAAUCAUUUGAAGUAAACAAUUUUUUGCAAAUCAUAUAUAAACCAGUGUCCAUACACAUAUUUGCAUCAAGUUGGGAAGAGAACUCCAGAUAUCUACAGACUCGCACUACUGUAUUUGACUUCUGAAACGGGACAAGAUGAGGGGUGCUAUCACUUUUACAUCAUUUAUACUAACACUAGGACUCGUGGCUUGUAAUCAAAGUCUUUACAAGUACAUCGGGUGUUACAAGGAUGGUACACAUAGCAACCCACGUGACCUAUCGUAUCCAGUGAAUGGAGGCAGUGCCUUUAUACGGUACAUGACUCCUAUCAUGUGUAAUGAAAGAUGCCGUAAUCUAGGUUACAAGUUUGCAGGAUCGCAACAUAAAACUCAGUGUUUCUGCGGCAAUAGUUUUGGAAGAUAUGGAAAGGCACCGGAAUCCGAAUGCAGCCAGCCAUGUUCAGGCGAUAGCACUCAGACAUGUGGAGAUGGACACAGGAAUAGGGUUUAUGACGUCAGCGAUAUAUACAUCGGAUGCUAUAAAGAUGGUAUGCACAGUGACCCACGUGAUUUGAUGCGCCCAGUGAACGGAGUCAACGCACGUAUCAAUGACAUCACGCCUGACAUCUGUAACAAUAGAUGUCGCGACUUGGGUUACAAGUACGCAGGCUCGCAAUUCGGAACUCAAUGUUUCUGCGGUAACAAGUUUGGAACUUACGGACAGGCACCUGAAUCCGAGUGUAAUGUAAAAUGUGAAGGUGAUGCAAAUCAAUUCUGUGGAGCUGGGCACAGGAACAACGUCUAUCGAGUAAUUAAUCCUUGAAUUUUAUGUUGAAACUUGAAAAACUAACGAAAUAAAAUUUCUGAAAUGAGCCUA